GUAAAUUCCAAGAGCAAGUAUCUCACGCAGUUCGAAAUCUAGACAACAAAAAAACUUAGAAGUGGUUCGAACAUUCUGAAAAAUAUACGUUUACACCUCACAAAGUGGAUUUUUGUUGUCAUCACGCGAUCGAAUCUAUCAACGGGAAAAUAAAGAUCGAGUAUAAAGAAGAAAUCAGCGAAUCUACAUUUUCCAGCAGGUGCCUGAUGCAACAAGCUGCAAUCCCUAAAAACACCCCCGAUGGAAUGAGUGGACUCCAGGGCGAAUAUCGAAGAGUUGAUUUCGAUGAAAUUGGAAAACCACCGCCAUUGUAAUAACCGCAUAAGAAAAAGGCUGAGAAGAAGAAGCAAGGAAAUAUAGCAACUCCGUCUGUAAAUUUCGGUGACGACGAUUCCAACUUCAACAACAUGGAGUACAACUUCGACGAAAUCGACAACUUCUUGGACUACGACAAUGAUAACAAUUUCGACGAAAUCGACAACUUCUUGGACUACGACAAUGAUAACAAUUUCGACGACAUCGACAACUACUUAGACGACGUCGAUGACAACGACUUCGACGAAAUCGACAACUACUUAGACGACGACGAUGACAACAACUUCGACGAAAUCGACAACUACUUAGACGACGACAAUGACAACAACUUCGACGACGUCGACAACUACUUAGACUGCGACGACUACAACGACGUCGACAACUACUUAGACUGCGACGACUACAACGACGUCGACAACUACUUAGACGACUACCACUACGGCGACGGCGACGACGACGACGACGACGACAGCGACUACGACUAUUAUUAAUUUCAUUUUUUUUUCGUCCUGCCUUGCCAAUGAACGUCAUUGCAAAAGGGCCAGCACGUACUAUACUGGUACAACAAACGAAGGGGUAGAUUAAUAUAAUAAUGAAUAAGGGAAGGUAAUUUAAUCAGGAAGCUAAAUUUUAGGUACGAUGAAAUAAUGGUACGUCUACUGACAAAGGAUUUUCAAUAGUACGUUAAAUGGCGUAAAAGUGUUAUUUUCACGAGUCAAAAUGUGUCGUACAACACUGAAAUUGAGCGCAAUGUAAAGUACGACGGAUAAAUAUUUUUAAGAAGUCGUAAACGCGUACACUAUGGAUGAAUCUACGUCGACAUUAUUUAAAUAGUUUAGUUUUAUGGAAUGUUUGAGAUCAGAAUUCGUCGUAGCAUCGACUUUUGCAGAUAUGCUUGUUGCUGAACUUUGUUUUUUUUUACUACUAUCGUUAAACUCCUAGCAAAUCCUUUUGAUUUUUUUUUUCAAAUGUAAUAAAUGUACUCGAAAAGCACAACUUUUCGUUUUGUAACGACAGAACAUGAAAAAAAAACUUUAUUGUGCGUUGUCUACAUUUAUAAAAACACGUGUAAUAGUUAUAAAGGUCAUGAAAUUUUUCUGUACUAGCAGAAUGAGGAUUUGAAAUGAGCUUACGAAAUAAACAAUGAAAAAU